AUGUCUGUUACAGAUUUGAGGAAUGCAUUUUCUACAUUUCCGCAUCAAAUCUGGGUUCUCUCGGAGUUUGGAAAGCCAAUAUUCUCAAGGUGUGUUUUAACUUCGUUUAUCUCGUUUCAUUUAUAGAUGAAGAUAACCUUUUUGAUUUAGUUGUGGAAGCGAAUCAGACCUUGCAGCAACCUUCGCAGUGAUACAAGUACUUGUGCGGACCUUUGAAUCAUGGAAAGAUACCUUACUGUGCAUUCAAAUGAAAGGUCUACACAUUCAAUUUUCCUACAGGAGUCCUUUGAUUCUCUGUGUUGUCUCCAAAGCUCCGGCCAAUUUGAGUCUUCAACUAGAUAUGAUCUAUAAUCAGGUUAUCUCCAUCUUAUCCAAGAGUGUGCUAAAGAAGACUUUCGUGGAGAAGGGCGACAAUUUUGAUUUGAGAAGAUGGUUGAGUGAUUUGGAUAAGAGGGUGGACGUCUGUUUGAAUAGUUUCGUCGAGGAUCCAGUCGUUUAUCUGACUGGUUUCAGAAUCCUCCCAUUGAAUCCGAGUGAUCGAGAGUUUCUGGUGAGCACGAUGGGAAGUUGUAUUGUAGAAGCUACUGACAGUGUAAGUCUCUUUUCGUCAUUGGUUGUGAUUUUAGGUUGCCUUUGCUGUUCUUAUCGCCCAUCGACAACUUGUAUCCAUGGUUAGAAUGAAGAGGCUCGAUCUAAAGGCCUCUGAUUUCAAUAUUUUGGCUAACCUUGUAGAAUGCCAUUCAUCGUUGCGGGACGGAGAGACUUGGGUACCAAUUUGCUUACCUCAUUUUAAUCAAAAGUAGGCGCACUUUUCUGUAUGAUAUUACAUUUUUAGUGCUUGUUGGGCUUUUAUUUCGUAUUUAUGGGAAGACAAUGGACCGUGUUUGAUCAUGCUAAGUACCGAUAAGAACUCCUUCUUCACGCUUAGGGAUGUAAAAUUAAAGAUUUUGGAUAAAUUGGAUGUAUAUAAGAGGAAGAACGAACUGAAAACUUCUAUCUCAAUUCCCGAACAAAUGCUUAGGACUCAGGUAAUUAUAUAUUGUAGAAAGUAUACUGGUUACAUGUUUAGAGGCCUAAUCCAGAGCUAUGGCAUUUUAUGUACAAGAAUAUCUUGUCCUCCCAAGUCUGCUGUUCGUCGCCUGCCAAGCCUUUUAUUGCCUUAGAUGAGCAAAAAGAAUUAUAUAAAGGUUACUUUGAAGUGACGGAUGCGAUGAGGAAAUCUAAGAUUGGACGAAUAUUGUUCGUUCAGAAAGACGAGUACACAAUUUUUGCUUGGGUAGGUAUUAUGUAUCUUAUAUUUAAUGUUUUUGUCCUGGUUAAUUUAAUACUGAUUCCAGAUAACGGGUAGUUUCGAGUUGUAUGCUGCAUUCUCCCCGCUGGUGUCACAAGUGUCGGUGAUGGAAACCGCUGAGAGAUUACUGCGAAUCCUCCGAAAGGAAGAGAAGCGGGUCUUCUUCAAUAUUAACCCGGGUGUCUUAAACGGGCCAUAG